GUGCUUUCAAACCGGCAGAGCGCAUUGGCCAUCGAUUACGCACUACAUCGUAGCCAUAACUCGAUUUUAAACAGCCUGCCCGGACGCGUACCGCGCUUGCAGCCCUGACCAAAGGGCAGCCCACCCAUCACUAAAACAACAGCCACUGCGAGUAGAGUAUGGCCGCCGCCGUCGCGACGGCGCCGCCGACGGCCGACGAGGCCUCGCCGUCGUCCAUCGACGACCUGCGGUCCGCGCUGCGCGAGAGCCUCCAGCAGCGCGGCGUGCUGGGCCGCGUCCGCGCGCAGCUGCGGUCGGAGAUCUUCCACACCAUCGACGCGGGCGCCGACGCGCCGCCGCCGCGCGCGGACCCGACCGCCGCCACGCUCGUCGUCGAGGAGCUGGUCCGGGAGUAUUUGGCCUUCGCUGGGUACGGCCACGCGCUGUCGGUCUUCGAGGCCGAGAGCCGGAGCGCCGAGCGCGGCGCGUCCAUCACGCGCGCGCAGAUCCAGCACGAGCUCGGCGUGCGCCAGGACGCGGAGAGCGCGGCGCUUCCAUUAGUGUUUGGCGUCGUGGAGACGUUGAGGGCCCAGUGCGUCCACGACCGCGGAGCUGCGGAGGACGCUUAGCGGUGCGUAAGUUUUCCUGGCAUUU